AUGCACAAGUUAACGUCCCUGCCGACUGGGGUAGCCCAUUGCCUGAAGAAGAAAAAUCAGCAGAAGAGGAAGGCACAUCCUUUAUGGGUGCCUGUGCUGAAGGAAGGAGUGAAGAUGGGAGAGCAGGAGUCAGCUGACCGCCAAGAAAGGAAAGGCUCUGAUGCCCGCAGGGUUGGGAACAAUCAGGAGUUGUCGAGGGGAAAUGUGCAGAAGACGCUGAAGGUUCUAGGAGAAGAGGCCAUCAGUCCAGAUGUGCAGCGCCAGCUGUUCCGGCAGUCCGGCUACCAGGAGGCGGAGGGGCCCCGGGAGGUACAGGAGAAGUCAACAGAGCUGACCACCAAAUUUCCUGAGGCAGAGGAGUCUCCAUCGGACACCCGACAGAAAGUGCUGUUUACGGGGAUCGAACAGGAGGGUGACCGAGGGGUCACGGCCCUGGAUGGUAGAAUGAUGCCGGAGACGUGUCCUGGGACACCUCCCCUUUAUGCCAGAGUUGGAAAAGCUGUGGUGCAGCCAGUUCAGGGUCCCGUGACCAUGGAAGAGGUGUCUGUGUAUUUCACUGAGGAGGAGUGGGCUGUUCUAGAUGUAGAUCAGAGAGCAUUGUACAUCGAAGUCAUGCUGGAGAACUGUGAGACUGUUGCCUCGCUGGGAGGUGAUGGGUGGAAGAGGAAGAUGGAAGAACCACAGAGAGGGCCAUUGCAGAGAGGCAGCUAUAUAGAAAGAAAAGAGCAGAAAUUGAAAGCUGAAAUAAAUCAGGAAAGGCGAGAUGAGCCCUUGGCUUCUCAGAGUAGUAACUCAAUCCAAUGUGGAAAGAGCUUUUGUCAAAGGGAAAAACUUAUUAGACAUGAAAGGAUCCACACAGGAGAGAAACCUUAUUCUUGUUUGGAUUGUGGAAAGAGUUUCAUUCAGAGGAUAGAUCUGACUUCGCAUCAGAGAAUCCACACCGGGGAGAAACCAUAUAAAUGCUCGGUGUGCGGGAAGAGUUUCAGGCAGAGCGCACACCUUAUUUCACAUCACAAAAUCCACACAGGUGAGAAACCAUUCACAUGCACAGAGUGUGGAAAGAAUUUCAGUUUGAGCCACAGCCUGACAUUACAUCAGAGAAUUCAUACAGGUGAGAAACCCUAUGAGUGUCUGGAGUGUGGAAAGAGCUUUAGUCAGACUUCAGGCCUUACUUCACAUCAAAGAAUGCACACAGGACAGAAACCAUAUGAAUGUCUGGAAUGCAGGAAGAGCUUCAGUCGGAACUCACAUCUUAAACCAUAUACGUGCUGGGAGUGUGGAAGGAGCUUCCGCAAAAAUACAAACCUUACUUCCCACCAAAGAAUUCACACAGUGGAGAAACAGUAUAAAUGGUCAAACUGUAGUGUGAAUUUUAGUGAUGAAACAAUCUUCAAAGGCCACCAGAGACUGAGCUCUGGAGGCAAAUCCUUAAUCCUUGAAAUGUGGAACGAGCUUGAAUCCGCAAAAGAAGGAAGCUGUUGGAACAGGCUGAAGCAGUACCAGACGCAGUCAUUGAACUGA